AAAGAAAGAAAGAAAGAAAAUAACCACAACACUUGAAGAACACAUCACCACUAGCUAGCUCACAGCAUGCUCAAGAGAGGUGCUAUCACUGUAUCCAUGUUUUCAAACUCCACCGUGUUAGUGGGGUGGUGCAGGGGACGUAGGAGGCUAAGGAGGCGGAGAGUUGGCACGAUACGGCUAGGGAAUAAGAGGCGAGGGUUCUGCCUCGUGUCACGGCCGGUGAUCCAGUGGGGUGUCAUGGUUGCUCCCCUUCGAAUGCUGAAGAAUAUCAUCAUGGAUAUGGCACCUAAUGGCCGGUUCAUUGAGGCUUAUUACUUGUCUUUACCCUUUUUACGUCCACAAAUAUUUCCUCUAUGUUGAUUCUUUUGGUGUUUAAUUUCCUUUUUCUUUUUUAAUCUUUUUUUUUCCUUUCACUUUUUAAAUUGUCUAUUUAACAUGGUUCGGCAAAUCGAUCCAUAACAAUAAAAACAUAAUUUUUUGUGUUUUUAUUGGUGAAA